AUGGAGGACAGAAUAUUGUGUGAUGUGUUUCUGGCGAAUCGAGGUAUUAAUUUGACUCCGGUGAAGCUUAACUCCAUGAGAAAUGAGUGGACACAAGCAAAAGGUAUUGAGCAUAAUAUCUGGGGAAAACAAAUGUCCUUGUUUGAAGAAAAGAACGAUAUAAAACAGAUAGAGACAACAGCAGGGCGUUUCUUUUUUCUGCUUACUUUCCAAAACCUAUGGAAUAUGGCAAAGUAUUGUGAUUUUAAUCUUGAUAGGUGUUUCACUAUAAGCAGAGUUAAACUGUCCUUAAUAGCCAUAGUUUGGUGGGAAAGCGAUGAAGCUUUUGAAACCACCUUGUAUGGUCACAAGAAUAGCAAUGCAAAAUUUUGGAAUGCAAGUCCUGGAACGUUGCAGUGA